AGUGUGUGUGUUUCCUCUAGUUCUUUAUCAGAGUCCCCAAAAUAAGUAGGAAUGGGCAGCGUCUGCUCACAUACAGCACACCUUUUCCAGCUGCUACUACGGCCGGACAGGCUGGAAGAGUCCUUCCCUGCCUUGCCCUGGGAGAGAAGCCACCGAGACCAUCCUAAGGCACCAUGCGGCUGCUUCAAGUGACAGCUCUUUUCUUCCUUGUGUCCAGCUGUAUCUGCCAGAGCGAGGACAGCGGAGAUGUUCAAAAUAUAUCUACUCCAUCACUGCCAGAAAAUUCUACAACAAAAUCAUCUGUCACGACGACAAGCACUGUGGCAAUAAAAAAUCUUAGCAACCCGACAGUUGGAACACCAGCUAAAGGCACAGCCAAUGAUGAAUUAUCCAAAACAACUCUGGUACCAGCAUUUAAUUCACUGACAACAGUAAAAAGUGAAAAACCAACAACUCCUAGCCUUAUAAAGAAUGAAGUUCCCACGACAAACACAACAGUGCCAAAUCCUCUUGUUUCAAAUGCUGUUUCAACCCUACCAAGUUCCCAGCACAAAACUGAGAAUCAGAGUUCAAUCAAAACACCAGAAGUACCAGUUGACACUCAACUGCCAGAUGCCUCGCCUAAAACCAUCGUGCCACCCUCAGCAUCACUAACAACUGCAAAAACCAUCCCACAGCUGCAAGACACUGAAGAUGGGAAGAUCACAGCCACUCCAUCAACCACCCCCUCUUACUCUAGCACUCCAGAAAAUGGGAAUGAUCAGCCUCAGUCCGAUAAAGAGAGCGUGAAGCUGCUCACUGUGAAAACAAUCUCUCAUGAGUCUGGCGAGCACUCUGCACAGGGGAAAACCAAGAACUGACAGCAUGAUGGAUCCUCCCUACACCUGGGCAAUAAAUAUGUUUAAUCUUCAGCUUCUAAGAUCCAAGGAUGGAAAGGAGACAGUCCCGAAGAACCAAUUCCAUCUCACGGUCUCCUCACAAAUCUACAUCAGUUGCCUUUCCCUGCAAAAGAUUGACAUACCAUAACCCAAUAGAAACAUAAAGAGUUCUAGAUAGCUCCUGUCUGAGAUGUAGAAAAUCAAAUGACUCUAGUUUUCAGGGACAUUUCAAGGAGGAACUUUUGUGAGCAGUGACCCCUCAGCCUAGGCAGGUGGGCUCCCGGGAGACAAGCCAUAGAUGAGUUUAGAGUUUCCAGGGCUGAGUUUACAGCCUUGAUCCAUGGAGACCUGCCUAUCUUCUUUGUGUUCAUAUAUUAGCUAGUGUUAGUAUUUAUUGUUUCCCACUAUGUUAAUGCAGGGAGAUUUUGCAAGUGUGUUAUUAUGUUAAGUAGAAAUCAUACCAUGUUCCUCUGUACAGACAGGUAUGCUAUUCAUGUUUUCAUGUGUUACUUUUUAAUAAAUAAUGGCUGUACUCAGCACACUAAACAUUACAUCAUGA